AUUUUCUUCACGAUUGACAGCUCUUACAGUUUCAUUACACUUUUACAGCUCAUAAUUCACGGAUGUCAUCCAUUGAUGGGAUGAGAUGUUUUGAUUUCUCAUUUAGAUUUACGAAAACCAAAUGUUGAUUAACCAAACAUGACGUUCAUUUGCAUAAUUGUAGCUCUGCUUCCUGCAUACAUAUUAUAAACAGUCUUACUCUCCAUAUUUUCACGAAUUGGAUGUGUGCGGAACGAUGCCGUAAUUGGUCAAUGGAAAAGUCUCCAAGCCCCAAAAUGGCAUCAUAUAAUUCUGGGGAAGAUUUGGCAAUAGAGACUACACCAGGACUCUGAUAAUAAUUCUGCAAUGUAGAUUGAGAAUAAAAACCCUGGCACUAAAAUGAACACGUGCGCUAAGAUUGAAGAACAGAUCAAAGUUAGUGUCAUUGGAUAUGCUGAGGAACACGUGUUGAACGAAAGUCAUGAGGCAGAGACGUCGGGUGAUACAAAACGGGAUACUAAUUUGGAAGUAGAUUGCGUAUCACAUGAUGAACUCGAAUUGAGCAUUGAGAAAACCAACGAUGGUGAUGACAAUUAUGGUCACAUUAACAAAGAGACUAGCGAGCAAUGUUUGAACAUUGAUUGUGAUGCGAGAGAUGAACCACAAGUAAGACAAGAAAAUAAGAGCUGUAAUAUUUCUAAGAGAAAGGCCAUGUGUAGUAUAGAAGACGAUCAUGAUGAUCCUAUUGUUGAUGAAGCCCAAACAGCAAAGGAAAAUGAGAAUUACGAUGUUUGCAAGGGAACUACCUCUUAUAAAACAGACACAGAAGAUGAUAACGAAGAUGCAAUUAUCAACGAAGCCUCGUCAGACAAAAACAAUGAUCAUAACACGAAUGAUGACAUUGAAGAUCCGUUUGAUUCUUGGAUAUGGAAAUAUAACCAAUUAAAAGAAAGGCUAUCAUACAUGGCAAGUAUCACUUCAAUUCAAGGUUGCAUAAAUAUCCGGAAUUCUCAAACAAUGUUUGGACGAAUCAUAUGGUUCUCGAUCGCACUAGCCUUGGGUUUCACAACUGUUAUAAAGGUUUCAAACAUAGUAGUACAGUACCUAAGCUACCCUAGUGCAGAUGCCCUAUACAGCCGUGAAGAAGAUGUUACAUUCCCAUCUAUUACAAUAUGUGGUGCAAGACCAAUUGUUUUUUCUGAAAACUUUCAUCGCUCAUGCAUGAACUCAAACUGUAUGCCCAAAACAAUGGAUGUUCAAGAUGGUAGACUCAAUCAAGGUAUACUUCUCCUCAUGAAUGAAUCUGGUUAUGAAUCUCAAACAGAAACGUUGGACUUUUUAAGAAAAAGACUUCUGAGUCCCGAAAGAUAUGUUGAAAAUGUUGACGACUUUCCGUACAGUCGUUUAAGAUAUCUUAAGAAGAAUGACCUGAUUCUAGCUUGCACGUUUCAAGGAAAAGAAUGUCCCGACGCGCUUAAGUUCAAAGAAGUGAAAUUUGGGAGGUAUGGCAACUGUGUUACCAUUGAUUCAAACAAUACGAUGAAAGAAAGCGGACCAGAUUCUGGUUUAUCAUUAAUAUUAUUCUCGAAUUCUUACUCUCCACUAGACGAGUUUCAGAAAGCAAUGAAUUUAUUCAUUUACUUAGUGUCAGGGGUGAGUGAAUUCGACAGUACACAUGCAACAUCCAGUGAUGGAAUACGACUUGCAAUCCAUGCCCCCGGUACCAUUGCAGAGCCUGAACAUGAUGGCAUUGACUUAUCGCCCGGAACAUUCAAUACCAUUGGUCUGACUCAGGAUGUACGUACUUUACUGGAACCACCAUAUGGAGAUUGCACUAAGAAAAUAUUCAAUGAAAAAACAACGUACAAGUACACCAAAGAUUUAUGCCUCGAUAAAUGUAUGCAGGAGGAAAUGGUAGCAAAAUGUGGAUGCAUGACACCUAAAGCGCAAGCGUCAUUGGGUAAAAAUGGGUACGACGUCUCAUAUUGCGGAAGAUACUACAAUACGAUCAAGCCAAAAGGGUACCCGCAAUACUUGAAGAAACCAAAUUGGCGCAGGAGGUUAAGAUCUCAACUUCUACAAUUCUUACGUCGAUUGAAAUGUGAAAGUGAUGUGCUUAGAUUAUACUCUAGAGAUUCUAGUAAUAUGUGUACAUCUAAAUGCAAAACAGAGUGUACUAAAAUAGUGUAUGAUCCUCUGACGCAUGCGACACCAUGGCCCAAUGAAAAGUACUACAAGCAACUGAACCAAAGGCCUUUCAUUACAUUCAUGAAGAGCAAGGACAAUGUUGCCAAAUUACUCGAAUAUUGGUUCGAUGUUAGAAGGAGCGUGCUCGAUUCAUACUGUGAGCUUCUACACGGUGAUUUACGCAAAAAUCUUUUAAAAAGAAGAGUAACUGGGCAUGUGUUCAAACCACUUUUUGCUGAUGUAAAUUUCCCGUUUGUGACGUGUUCAGAAAAUAUCACUGCACACAUCAAUCGCUACAACAUUAUCAACAAGGUUAUCGAGAAAAACUUUUUGAAAGUUAACAUUUUCUUUCGCUCCCUUAAUGUGAACAGGAUUGCUGCAGAACCCAAUUAUCCAUUGAACAAAUUUCUAUCAGAGUUUGGAGGUAUCAUAGGUAUGUACCUGGGUAUGUCAGCUGUUUCACUCGUCGAACUAGGAUACAUUAUGGUAGCAAUGGUUUUCAUUCUUCUUUUCAAGUACAAACGGUAA